AAGUCUUUGAUAAGUAACAUAAUCAUCAACAACACGGUAUUUAUGCUUUUCUAUUCUACACUAAAAUAUCUAUUCUAUCAUUAAUAAAGCAGGGAGUAAUUAUAUCCUUCAACUUGAUUGAUUGUUUCUUUUUCGACGAAUGCCACGCAAGCUUGGCGUCUCCUAAAGGCAACUUCCUUAAGCGUAAUAGAUUUAGUCUGACCUUCUUUUUUUUCUUGUUUAAUAUUUGAAGUUUAAACCUUCGCUUAUUUGGAUUGUAACUAUAAGGAAGAUUGUACUCAAUUUCAAUUGGUUGUUUUCGCUCUAGAUCGCUUUUUUCUACGACAUUUCAAAAAUGAUGGAUAUAGUGCAAUUGGUUACGCAAGAAAAUCUAAAACAAAAGAAACGCGUUCAAACCUGUCAAACAUUAUGUGAAAGAAAUUAAAAAUGCGAUUGAUGGUCGACAGGGUUUUUGUGUCAUUCAAGACAAGCUCAAAUGAUCCAAUCAUGGACAGGGAUCUGGCUGAUGAUAACAAGUUACCAGAAAAACUGGAUGCUGAUGGCAAUACUCAAGAUAUGUUGAGAUAUGUUUCUGCUAAAAUAAAACAUGCCUUGUGAUGUUGACUUUUGCUGUUCUUACGACAAAUAUAAGUGAUUUUGAGACCUUCUUGAGGUAACUUUGAAAAUAAUUAAAUUUACUAACGAGUCUUAACAGUAAAAAUGCUAAUAUAGAGAAGAUUGUUGUAGACAGCCUUCCUUAUAGCAAUAAAGUAGCUAUAUUUGAUAGGAACGAGCUCCUGAACGACCCACAGAAGAUACAACAAGUGCAGAACGGAUUUUGAGCAAAGGUCAAAAUAGGGCGAUUUCUCAACACUGUAUUAUAAAGAUUAUAGUCAGUAAUCAGAAUGAUAUAGUUACUCUUAUCUACCAAAAUAAAGAUAUCGCUG